AUGUCUACCCAAUUACAACAAUUAAAUCAAUCCUUGGUAAAACAAAAAUCUCCCCCACGCCCCUCUGGGGCCAAAGGGUCAUCUAAAAGGGCCAUUUCUGCCUCACAAUCCACUAAUAUUUCGGAUAAUUCUUCCGAUGGGGAUGGGGAAUAUACUGUUCCGUUAGACACUGAUACAGUUGCUUCUGAUGAGGUAUCUUCAACCCAGAUUGAUGUCCCUGACCUAGUGGAGGCUAUUAAGCUAAUUCUUCAAAUAGAUUAUGACUUUGAGCCUACUACUGCGACUAAGAAACCUGAUAAGUUCAAAUAUAUCAGUAUUUGGUUGAAUCAAGCAGUGAAGGGGGCAAGAGAUCGUCAUGGUAAUGCUAUUCAAAAUGCUCACCUGCUGACCUUAUUCCAUCGCCUCUGCAAGCUGUUAUUUUUUAAGAUACGUCCCAUAUUCGUGUUUGAUGGCGAAGCCCCCCAGCUGAAGAAACAGACUCUAGCAAAAAGAAGACGGAGAAAGGAUGUAGCAGCCAUUGAGGCUAAGAAAACAAAUGAGAAGUUGCUGAGGACCUUCUUGAAAAGACAAGCUAUUAAAGCUGCUUUGUCAGGAAAAAAGCAAAGCAAUGAGGAAUUUCCAAGCAUUUCCUAUACAAAGAGAAAGGAAGAGGAGGAUAUUUAUGCUUUACCCCCCUUGGAGGAUAAAGGGAAAAAUAGCUCUGAAGAGGAAGAAGAUAGGGAAUGGGAAGAACGAAUUAAUGAAAAACGGAUUCUUCAGGAAGAGUUUUUUGCUGAUCCUCAUGCAGUGGACAUAGACUCUGAGGAUUUUAUUAGCCUUCCUCCUGAGAUGAAGCAUGAAAUACUGACCGACAUGAAGGAGUUCACAAAACGAAGAAGGACAUUAUUUGAAACUAUGCCAGAGGACUCCAAUGAUUUCUCACAGUAUCAGCUGAAAGGACUGCUGAAAAAAAACAACUUGAACAGGUGCCUUAAUAAUGUGCGGAAGGAGAUGACGCAGCAGUACACAGGAGAGGUCACUGCUCAGUUUGAGACAGAAGGAGGGUUUAUGAAAGAUGUUGAAUCUCGUCGUCUGGUUUCAGAGGACACUUCACAUUAUAUCCUAAUUAAAGGAAUUCAGUCAAAAACGGAGGAUAAAAAAGAAGAGAUCUCUGAACAAGACAUGCCCUCAAGUUCUAGUGCUGUAAUGCCAAAAACCUACCUUGAUUUAAAGUUGGCAUCUGCUCAUAAGUCUAAGAAGGUAAAAGAUCGUGUCCCAGAUGCUGCGCCACCCUCCCCAAGAACACUUUUUGCUAUACAGGAAGCAAUGGAGCAGAACAGCUCGGAUGAGGAGAAUCGUAACAAAGUAACACACAGCUCCCUGUUACCCUCGGAGUCUCUCUGCGCAGUAGAUGGUAAUGUGUCACCCAGAACCCUUCAUGCAAUACAACAGGCUCUUGCUGAAGAUGAAGUAGGGGUGAGCAAGAAAAGGUCAGUUGAUCUAAGUGAUAAAAAUGACAAGUUCCAGAAAGAACUACCUAAAGCCAAGGUGCUGAUUAUCAGUAAUUCAGAUGAGGAGGAUCAGGUCUUGGCUAGUGAGACUGGAGCAAGUAUUGGCCCCAUUGUAUCUCUAACCAGCAUUGAAAUCUCACCUAGUCCCACCCAUAUUCAGACAAUUGUUCAGAAUGAUAAAUCAAUCAGUAGAAGUUCUGUCCCUGUUACACAGAGUGAACCACUUCACAAAUCCAAUACAUCAAAAGUUGGAGGUGAGGAUUUGAAUGUAGUUAAGAGAAAUCUCUUCCAUUCUCAGGAUAUAUCUGUUAAGUCAUCUUUGCAAAGUAUUUCAAGUUGUGGUGCUGCAGCUUCUCCCCUAAUGCUGCGUCCGGUCUUGGAAAGCAACAAAUCUCAUGUAUCCACAAAUAUAGAUAUGACCAUUCUGAAUAGUGCUGAAACGGAGAACUCUGGUCUUGAAUCCUGUAAAAAUCCUCAUGCUGAGUUGGCUCCCUGCAAAACGGAAACUAUUCUUCAACCUUCAACGUCUGUUGGGAUACAGAGUGACACCCCAUCUGAGGCUUCUGAACCAGCAUCACCAUUUCUAAGCAAUAUGUCCGUUGUACAAGCAGGCAGCAGUUCAGCAGCUUUGCUCCUGCAGGAGCAAGAGGUCAUUUAUCCCAAAGAGGAGAAUUCCACCAGUCAACAACCGUCUUCCAGUAAUGUCCCAAAAAUCACUUAUGUUCCUAUGACUCCAGAAAGUAUAUCUGUUACUGAAGCAGAAUCCGACAGAGAUAAAGAAAUGGAUUCAGACUCAGAUGGUAGUUUCAUUGAAGUAGAGAGUGAUUUAGAUAAUAGUAAUUUACAAGAGGUCAACGUGAUGGGAUCUCCCAAGGAUUCAGAACUAAGACCAGGCCGCGUAGAUUCAGCUCAUGCUGUCACUAUGUUCAGCUCUAACCCACCCUUACAAAACACUAUCCAAGAAGACGACCGCGCAGAUGCCCAGGAUGCUGUACUGCAGCAGGGCGAGGAAUCGGAGAAGGAGGAAACUGCAGCCAGUGAAUGGCAAGAUAUAAGUGUGGAAGAACUUGAGUCUCUGGAGAACAAUCUGUUUGUUCAGCAGACCUCACUUCAGGCACAGAAGCAACAGCAGGAACGCAUCGCUGCAACUGUUACAGGACAGAUGUGCCUAGAAAGCCAGGAGCUUUUGCGCCUAUUUGGCAUUCCUUUCAUUGUGGCUCCUAUGGAGGCAGAAGCUCAGUGUGCUGUUUUGGAUCUAACAGACCAAACAUCAGGGACCAUCACAGACGACAGCGACAUCUGGCUCUUUGGGGCACGACAUGUUUACAAGAAUUUCUUCUCUCAAAACAAAUAUGUGGAGUAUUACCAGUUUUCAGAUAUACAGAAUCAGCUGGGCCUAGAUCGCACUAGAUUGAUUAAUUUGGCCUACUUGAUGGGGAGUGACUAUACUGAUGGAAUACCCUCGGUUGGCUAUGUGUCCGCCAUGGAGAUACUAAAUGAAUUCCCUGGGCAUGGGUUAGAACCUCUCUUGAAGUUCAAGGAGUGGUGGGUAGAAGCCCAAAAGAAUAAGAAAAUGAGACCUAACCCACAUGAUACCAAAGUAAAGAAGAAAUUACGAGAUCUGGAGCUGCAUCCUGGCUUUCCUAACCAAGCAGUAGCUGAUGCAUAUCUGAAACCGGUUGCAGAUGAGUCCAAAGGAGCAUUUGCCUGGGGAAGGCCAGACCUAGAGCAGAUCAGAGAAUUCUGUGAGACCCGUUUUGGAUGGUUUCGUUCAAAGACAGAUGAAGUGAUUCUGCCAGUCCUUAAACAGUUAAACACACAGCAGACCCAGCUCCGAAUAGAUUCAUUCUUUCGGGUAGAACAGCAUGAGGCGCAUGCUCUAAAGAGUCAGCGACUGCGGAGGGCUGUGACUUGCAUGAAGAGAAAGGAAAGAGAUAAUGAAACUAUGGAGAUAGAAGAGGCCUCGGCACUUAUGGAGAAGGAAUAUGCUCAUGGAGAUCAAAAAGGUGCAAAGUCCAAUAGAAAAUCCCAGAAAGGGAGGAAGAAAAAUGGGUCAAAACUUGACAGUGACAACUCUGUGGGUGUGGAAGGGGGAUUUCUUGGUGCUGAAGUCAAGGCUUUGUCUCCUGCUAAGAAUGAAGGCUUCCUCACUGACUCUGACACUGGCGCAGAAGACGCACACACUUGUACAAAUAUAAGUAAGGCUAGAAAUGUUACAAAACCAGUAAAGACAGACAAGAUGCAAACGAGCAGUUCAAGCGAUGAUGAAGAAAAGGUGCUGGUAAGCGCCAAGCCAGUGUUUCAGGGCAACAAGAAAAAGCCAAGAACGCAGAGAGGGAGAAAGAAAUAAAAGUGGGAAACAAACCGCACUUACUAAUAUAAUUAUUAUGUUGUAUAUGAAUUUGAUGUUUCUUUGAUUUUUACAUCAGCUUGCAUAAUGAACUGUAAUAAGAA